AUUAAGAACCACUAAGGUUCAGGUUUCGUCUCUCACAUAACUCUGAACCCCUAUUUAUUUUUCUUCCUGUAUAGCUCUCCUUUAUUCUGCCCUCUUCAUUUCUUAACUCAUCCAUGUUUUUACAAUCAUCAUUCAUGGGGAUUCUCUUGGUUAUCAUAGUAACAUUUUUUAUUCGGACUUGUGAUGGACAACUGGCUUUUCGUUUCUACGCACAAACAUGCCCAAAUGCUGAGUCUAUAGUUCUCUCUGUAGUUCAAGAUGCCAUUGCCAGAGAUCCUACUGUGGCUGCCGCCUUGCUUAGGCUCCACUUCCAUGACUGCUUUGUUGAGGGGUGUGAUGGUUCGAUUUUGAUCGACAAUGGUCCAACUUCUGAGAAACGAGCAUCGCCACACCAAGGCCUUAGAGGGUUUGAAGAGAUAGAGAAAGCCAAAGCAGAAUUGGAAAGUGCGUGUCCAGGAGUGGUUUCUUGUGCAGACAUAGUGGCUUUAGCCGCUCGAGAUGCUGUAGCCUUGGCAAAUGGACCAGGAUACCAAGUUUUAACAGGCAGAAGAGAUGGCCGGGUUUCCAAUAUUGAAUUGGCAGCUGCUAUGCCGGAUGUGAAUGAUUCAAUUCAGCUACUUAAGGCCAAGUUUUUGGAGAAGGGACUCACAGAGAAAGACUUGGUGCUUCUUAGUGCUGCACAUACAAUUGGAACCACAGCGUGCUUCUUCAUGAACAAACGGCUUCACAACUUUUUCCCAAAUGUAGAAGGAGUCUCAUCUGAUCCAUCUAUCAACCCUACUUUCCUUCCAGGCUUAGAGGCCAGGUGCCCUAAAGAUGGAGAUGUUAAUGUAAGGUUGGCAAUGGAUAGUGGGAGUGAACAAUUAUUUGACAUCAAUAUUUUGCAAAACAUUAGGAACGGUUUUGCUGUGCUUGCAUCAGAUGCUAGGCUCAAUGAUGAUGAGACAACCAAGAGUGUAAUAGAUUCCUACUUUAGUUUACCUGGUCCAUUGUCUGUACAAGCUUUUGAGGUUGAUUUUGCUGAUUCCAUUGUCAAAAUGGGUCGGAUUGGUGUCAAGACAGGUUUUCAGGGAGAGAUUAGGCGUGUAUGUUCAUCUUUUAAUUGAAUACUAUAUGUCAAUCAAUAAAUUAAGAAAAAUGAAUGUAAUAUAAGGAUUUUUAUAUGUAUAAAUAGCAACAAUAGAAGGAAUGUUUUGAUUUUAUAUAUAAUAUAUGUGAAUGUGGUUGAUAAUUGUUC